AUGGCGUUCGACCAAGCCUCCCUGGAUGCUUUUUGGGCCCGUUCCGCGAGUUUUGAUGAGACGACGGAUUCAGAACACACAUUCAGUUUAACUGAUGAAUUAAUAAAGACGCAAUAUGUUCUACCAAAUCAACGUCAACAACCGAUACUUCAAUUUCCGCGGGCGAAAAAAAUCAUCAAUUCGUAUAGCGAGAAUAUGUUUGAAUCACCUCGCCAAUACGCUUUAAAUGCGAGUUCAGAUAUCAAGAAUUCUCCUGCUCGUUCAGACACCUCGGAUGAUAUGAUGUCUGUUGAUUCCCCGAUAAACAAUUGUCGUUUCAACAAUGUUGACAACAAUAAUAAGAUAUCGCCACGUAAUUCAUUCACAAAAACAAAAAAUUCGGUUAUGUCCAAAAAUUCAGAAUCCCCUAUUACCAGUUAUUUUAGUCGUAUCUCUGAAAGAAAUUCAAUUUCACUGAGUCAUCAUUCAUCUGAUAUUAUUAUUUUGACAUCUGACGAGGAAGAAGAGGAGGAAGAUAAUCUACUGGCAAAAACUGUUCUCUCCGAGCCACAAUCCAAUACCAGGAAAAGUGUCGUGUUCAGUACUCAAACAAAAGUAAAGACAUCAUCAAUUAAAAAGUCGAUCAAAACGACGAAGACUAUGCUCUCAACGAAGGUCAGUCGUCGCACCAGCGUUACUAAAUCUUAUAGAAAGAAGGGAUCAGCAUCCAAUACACCCAUCCAUGACCAUGAUCCAAAUAGUAUUAAAUACUAUUUGACAGCGUCUUCACCUUCAAACACGAUGAACAUUAAUUCAAAAGAUUUACAUUCAUCUAAACAAUCGACACCACCAAAAAGACCCAACACUCUUCAAGAUGCUACCAAACUUCGAUCAAAUAUCACACCUUCUCCAAAGAAAACGACACUUCCAACUAUCAAUAUUAAAAAACAGCAGAGAUUUGUCGUGAAUAAAUCAUCAUCAAUGUUUGUUUCGUCAUUCCGCGCAAAGAAUGAUAUCUCGCCGGGAACACAAAAAAUCCUUGAGGCAACCGAAUCUUUUGGGAUUAGCGGGAUUACGAUGAUGAAAGAAUCAAGUUUUAUUGAAAAUGUGAGUUACAAUUCAUGA